AUGGUCGCAGGAGGUCGUGACCGAGCAGUCAGACUGUGGACUCGAUUUGUGACCACACGUCCCGUAGCUACGCUGCUGGGUCACCGCACCACUGUGUUGGAUGUUGCAAUCUACCAACCUGUUGGGCAGAUCUUCAGCUACUCCAGAGAUGCUGAGCUGAGGGUUUGGGACAUUUCCAGCCAUCACUGUCUGAAAACCAUCCACCUGCAGUUUCCCUGCCAGCUGCCAGGCCGAACCCCAGAACACGGCAACUUCCCUUUCCUGUUGCUGAGCCCUCCUCUUCCCGAGCAGACACAGUCUCAUUUAGUGGUGGGAUGCAAAGAUUACCUGGCACUGCUCAACCUGUCUGAAGUGAGAAGAGGAGGGGGUGGAUGGUUGACAGAUGAGGGAAGAGAACGUGGACCAAAAAUUCACCCUGGUCCUGCCCUCUCCUGCGCUCUGUACAACUCUACCCUGAGAGAGUUGGUGACUGGACAUGUCGAUUCAUCUAUGUCUCUGUGGGACGUGGAGACGGGAAGGAGGCGGCUUCAGAUCCUAAAUGCUCAUGGAGAAGAUGAGCUCACCUGCAUGGCACUAGACUCCCUCCACAAAAGACUGAUCACUGGGGCUUGCAAUGGCACUAUUAAGGUGUGGAACUUACUAAAUGGCCUUAACUUGCACAAACUGGAGCCUGUCACCAAUUCUGAGGUCACCGCGUUGACCUGUCUCCAUGACAACCAGCUUCUGGCUGUGGGGUGGAGCCAGAGGAUCGCUCAGUACGACAUUGCAGCUGCCAAGGAUUUGUAUGUCAGAGCUGAAAUGUCGUGGAAGUCCAGCGGUGUCCACAAAUCAGACAUCCUGGCUCUGUGUCAGUGUUCUGCUCUGGGGGUCAUUGCCACAGCAAGCCAUGAUGGAGAGGUUAUUAUCUGGAGGCUGGAGACGCAAGGACCUGUGCUUCACUUACAAAGACAUGCACAGAACGGAGCGAUACCCCCCGUGGACAGUCUCUUGUUCCUGCAGCAUCGAGCUGGCAACAGGAAGCUAAGAAACAAAGGUGUUCUGGUGUCAUCACACGCUGGCUGUCUCUGUUUUUGGAGCAUCGCUGGACAGACACACACUUAUGGCCAGUUCUUUGCUCCAGAGCAGCCAGGUGAGCGUGUGAUGAGCCUGAGCUCAGAUCAGACUACAAAUAACAUCCUGGUCUCUGGAGACACAGCAGGCUGGCUUCAAAUCUGGGACAUCAGUCACUAUGCACUGGACAUCCAACACGAGUCGAUUUAUGAACGGCCUCCUCUGCUGCAGUGCUGGAAGGCUCAUGAGAGAGCAUUGGUAAGUGUGGAAGUCCUUGAGGUGGCUGAGAGACUGUGCAUCCUCGCAGCCUCAGCUGACGGCUCUGCUGGGCUGUGGACAAAGGACGGAGAACAUGUGGGUUCUUUUGGGCAGGAAGUUUUAUGGAGUAUCAGUGACCCAGCUACGUACCAGAGGUGA